UCACGUGAGGUCACGUGACCCACAUGUGCCAGGUCAUGUGACAAGUCUCCCGUUUCUUGUUUGGUUUUUUUCCCGGUCAACUUUCCUGGUGAAUCCCAAUCAUGGCGGGCAUCGAGGAGGACCAAUCCUUACUGGCGGCGGACGACGGGGACGAGGGCGCCGUGUCCCGCGGAGAGAAGAGCGGCCGUGCUGGCACACCGCUACCCGCUAUCUGCGACCCGGCGCACGGCUUACACCGGGUCGUUGUCCUGGUGUUUAUGUGUUUCCUCGGAUUCGGAAGCUACUUCUGUUAUGAUAACCCUGCUUCUCUUCAGACUGAAGUCCUUCUGGAUUUGAACUUGAACACGGCCAAGUUCAUGCAGCUAUACGCCUGGUACUCGUGGCCCAAUGUGAUCCUUUGCUUCUUGGGCGGAUUCCUCAUCGACAGAGUCUUUGGCGUUAGGCUGGGAACCAUUCUCUUUUCCCUCUUUGUUUGUGUUGGGCAGCUAAUAUUUGCCACUGGAGCUUUGGUAAAUCACUUUUGGUUGAUGGAAAUUGGACGUUUUGUAUUUGGAAUCGGAGGGGAAUCCCUGGCUGUGGCCCAGAACACGUAUGCGGUCAAUUGGUUCAAAGGGAAGGAGCUCAACCUGGUGUUUGGUCUUCAACUCAGUAUGGCUCGCCUGGGCAGCACGGUGAACAUGAACAUCAUGGGCUGGGUCUACAGCAAAGUGUCUGUCCUGGUUGGCUCGCCCGGUUACAUCACGCUCGGCUGGUCGCUCAUGAUAGCCGCCGUAACCUGCAUUUUCUCGCUAAUCUGCGCUCUGGUGCUGGCAUUCCUCGACAAACGAGCGGAGAAAAUCCUCAAGAAAGAGCAAGGCAAAACCGGCGACGUAAUUCAGCUGACUGAUGUGAAAGACUUCCCCUUACCCCUGUGGAUCAUCUUCAUCAUUUGUGUCAGCUACUAUGUGGCCAUCUUCCCUUUUAUUGGACUGGGACAGGUCUUCUUCAUCGAGAAGUUCGACUUUUCCCCGGCUCAAGCGAGAGCUGUCAACAGCAUCGUUUAUAUCAUCUCAGCGCCGGCAUCUCCCGUUUUGGGCUUUCUGGUGGACAAGACGGGAAAGAACAUCAUUUGGGUGAUGUGCGCCGUGUGCGCCACACUCGCCUCUCACAUGAUGCUGGCCUUCACCUUCUGGACUCCCUGGAUCGGCAUGUCACUGCUGGGCUUGUCUUACUCCCUCUUAGCAUGCGCCCUGUGGCCCAUGGUGGCUUUCGUGGUACCCGAGCACCAGCUGGGGACCGCCUACGGCUUCAUGCAGUCCAUCCAGAACCUGGGAUUAGCGCUCAUCGCCAUGGCAGCUGGAGCCAUCCUCGACAAUAGAGGAUACCUCUUACUGCAAGUCUUUUUCUGUUCCUGCAUCUGCAUUGCAUUGAUGGCGGUGGUGAUGCUUUACUUGGUGGAUUUUCUAAGAGGAGGAGAUUUGAACCGGUCAGCUUCAGCCAGAACCAAACUCCAGAAAGAAGCCACUUCAGAUGCGGAGAACAGGCGGCGGCACAGUCAGCUGACUGAAGGCGACGUGGCUCGACUGUCACCAAUGUCUGCGUUUGGAUUGCGCAACCGCUAUCUCUCCAAGCUUGGAGCGCAGCUGCCAGGCCACUGCUCCAGCCAUCUGUCAUCGCUCGCCCACAGGAGCGUUCUGAAGUGAUGCCCUUCAUUCGGCCGUCUGCAUUCCUCUGGCACUUUGGUCACGUGACUCCGCACUAGUAUGCGAUGACAAUAAGAAAUGGGAGGAAGAGCGAGAGAGAGCGUGUUUACCGCCCUUCUGAACUCGUAGACAUCACGUUCGUACCUUGAAGCCGCUUUCAACCUUCACACGGGUGAUUGUUAUUCCGACAGGGUGGACAGGUAUCGUCUUUCUUUCCCUUGUUUGGUUUCAAUUAAUUGGGACAAAGAGCACGGGUGGUGGGUGUUUUUUUUUUCUUUUUUAAUUCUUUUUAUCACACACAGAACACAAGGUGGAUUUAGAACAACAGAAAGGCACCGACUCCUUCAUCUUCCAAUUUUGUUUAUUUAUUUGAAUUAAGAGCCUUGUGAAGUGUCCGCAUGCUUCGGGCUACUCAGCACAUUCACCACUUUCACAUUCCCCCUGCAGUGGUUUUAUAGAAUGCGUUAAAUUACUUAUUUAAAUAGGAUGAAUCAGACUUGUUGAAUAUUAACUAAUGCCUAUAAAAUAAAGAGUUAUUAAAACCAAGGGGGAAAAAAAAAAACUUGUUAACAGUCUGGACUUUAGAGUUAUUCUUGCACUCAUCACAAAUGGGGGUACAGGAGGAAUCAAUUGCUCCCCUUAAGGGGUGAUCUACACUAAUGUAACGCUCAAGAUUAAGUAUUGGACACUAAAGCCACAUUUGCACGGAAAGUUUAAGUCAACUUUUAGUUUGUGAUACUUCUUAAGAGUUUCCUGUGGACGAUUGAGUGUCCCCAAAGUUCCUGCAGUGGACACGCCUUUAAAAGUGUAGUUUUAAGGUCAUCAAAGCGACGGGAUCGCUUUGCUGUGAUUGUUGCUGAAUCAGAGCAAAAUAAAAUCGUUAGAGGUGGAA